AUGCAUUCCAUCGUUAUUGUCAUCACAGUGGUCGUAGCACCCCUAUUACAAUUUCUCGGUUGCUGCAUCUAUAACCUAUUCUUUCACCCUUUGAAAUCCUUCCCAGGGCCAAAACUAUGGGCGGCUUCCAGAAUUCCCCUGACAUAUUGGACAUUCAAGGGGUUUCUUCCGUACAAGCUUAAAGAACUUCAUGAUCAAUAUGGUGAUGCCGUUAGAGUUGCUCCCAACUAUUUAGACUACAAUUCAUCUGUUGCCUGGGAAGAUAUUUACGGUUUUUUGAAAGAGAAUCACCAAAAGAAUUUUCCAAAGAAUUUAACGGAACGAAAUUUUGAGAAAGAUCAAGUCAAAAAUAUACUAACAGCAGACGAAGAAAAUCAUCGAAGAUUUCGCCGUCUUCAAUCACACAUAUUCUCCGACAAAGCCCUCACAUCUCAGGAGCCUCUUAUCCAAGAUUAUGCUCGACAAUUUAUCUCUGGACUCGUCAAGUUUUCCUCUCUCGCUUCAGAUAAGAGCAUUAAUAUCGGUCAAUGGUAUAACUUUGCUACCUUCGAUUUGAUCGGUGACCUUGCAUUCGGAGAACCUUUUGAUUGUGUCAAGACUGGAGAAACAAAUACUUGGAUUGACUUAAUCUUUCAAAUCUUUGAAAUCAACAAUUUUGCCAAAGAAGCAAGGAAAUACCCAAUUCUUGGGGCUAUUGCGCUUUUGUUUGUUCCGAAAGAUAAAAUAAACAUAUUUGCACACCAUAGCCAACUCGCAAGGGAAAAAGCAUUUCGACGACUGGAUACGCCGAGAGAUGUACCCGAUUUCAUGAGCUAUAUCAUUAAGCAUAACGAUACGAAUAAAGGAAUGACUCGUGAGGAAAUCGGAGGAAAUGCAAGCAUACUAAUCAUCGCUGGUAGUGAAACGACCGCAACCCUUCUCAACGGCCUAACAUACUUUCUCCUCAGAACCCCCACCGUUCUCCAAAACCUCACUAUCGAAUUAAGAACUACCUUUCAAACCCAAAAAGAUCUCACUCUGCACGCUCUCGCUGCCUGUAAAUACCUCAACGCCGUCCUCGAAGAAGGCCUCCGCAUGUAUCCUCCCGUUCCAACUACUCUCUACCGUAUCGUCCCCAAUGGUGGAAGUCUCGUCGCCGGCCAUUACGUUCCUGCCGGCGCAAAUGUCGGUGUGAAUUUCAUCAGCUCCCAACUCUCCGCCAAAAAUUUCCAUCUCCCAUAUGAAUUCCAUCCUGAGAGAUGGCUCAGUACCGCUGAUAUCGAGGAUUUGAAAUCGGCGUUCCCAGAUAUGAAACUCACUGAUCCGAAAAUCUUUAAGGGAGAUGAUAGGAAGGCUCGUCAACCAUUUAGUGUGGGACCCGCUAAUUGUAUUGGGAAGAAUUUGGCAUAUGCCGAAAUGAGAGUCUUGCUGGGGAAUGCGGUGUGGGGAUUUGAUUUGGAGGGGGCGAGGGAUAGUGAGACGUGGUUGGAGAGGAAUAGAAUUUAUAUGUUGUGGAAGAAACCGGAGUUGUGGGUUAAGUUGAAGAGGGUUAAUGUUUAG